AUGACUGCUGCUGCUGAGUUUGAAGCUGCUAACAAGCAGUAUGCCGCUACUUUUGAUAAAGGCAGCUUACCCCUCCCUCCCGGUCGAAAGGUGACGGUUGUGACGUGCAUGGAUGCCCGUAUCGACACGGGCAAAAGUCUGGGUGUAGCAGAGGGAGAUGCUCACGUCAUUCGAAAUGCCGGCGGACGUGCAUCAGAGGCUCUGCGAUCGGUGAUUAUCUCGCAGCAGCUGCUUGGCACACAGGAGGUCGUUGUUAUUCACCAUACCGAUUGUGGAAUGCUCACUUUCUCGGACGAGGAUAUCCGCAACAAGAUCCGCGACGGGCUUGGCGAGAAUGUCGACCACCUGUCGUUUUUGCCCUUCAAGGAUCUAGAGCAGAGCGUCAGGGACGACGUUGCGCUGCUCAAGAAGAGCCCGCUCGUCCUGGAUGUGCCCAUCUCGGGAUACAUUUAUGAUGUGAGCACGGGCAAGAUUGAGCCCGUGAACUAG